GCGUGGAAUCUUCUCAGGAGGAUCGUUGGCAGCCGCAACGACGCUAGGAGGCGGCUUGGGUUUCAUCGGAGCAGGCUAUUACGAUGCCAAGAAGAUGGGAGAAGAGUUUAGGGUAGCACUGGACGCCUUCAAAGGUCAGGAUGUCAAGAAUGCCUUUUCGUCCGUCGAUGAUUCCCGAGUGAAUAUCGGCGUUGGAUUUCUAGCUUGGAGAUUGUCUCACGUUCAUUCGGGCGGCAAAGGGGGCGUCAAGCCGACAUCCUCGGACGAAGUUCUCAAGACUUCCAUCCAUUCCGAAGCUGGAAGUAAUAGUCCAGUCAUCUCUCUGCUCGACGCUGCUCUCAAGCCCAGACCCAUUGCCGUCUGGCUGAGUUUCGGUGAUGCUGAUGAGAUGCGCGUGUGGACCGAGGUGAUCAGAAAGAGGGAUGCGGAGCUGAACGGACAGGGCGACGGCUUGAAGGUGUUCAUUGGCAUCGGCAGCGAGCAAGAGACCAAAGCUGCGGUGGAGGACUGCGGCGCGGAUGUGCUGGUGGCGCAAGGCUGCGAAGCUGGUGGACACGGACUGGGCUCCUCACCACCACUGCAUGCUCAACUGCCUCGCAUUGCCGCUCUCCUGCCAACUCUCAAGCCUGGCAACAGUCGGGGAGAAGUGCCGCCGUUGCUGGGCGCAGGCGGCCUGUCCGAUGGUCGAUCCCUCGCCUCCAUCCUAGCCCUGGGAGCGGAUGGAGGAGUGUUGGGCACGCGCCUCUUGCUGACGCCCGAAGCGGCCUACUCUGACGCGCAAAAGCAAGUGCUGUUAAAGGCUUCUUCGACCGAGACGAAGCGGACCAUGGCCUUCGACGAGGCGCGCGGUACGCUCGGUUGGCCCGAGGGUGUGGAUGGGAGGGGUGUGAUCAACGCCACGGUGCAAGCUUACGAAUCUCAAGAGGGUGACGCCGAGUCAAGAAGGAGACGAUACAAGCAAGCGGAAGGUGAGGGCGACGAGAAGAGGAUCGUCACGUGGGCUGGAACGGGAGUGGGGAAUAUGAACGUCAUCAAGCCCGCUCGAGAGGUCAUUCAAGAGGUCGGCAAUGAUGCCCUCAAGACCAUCGAGGCGCUCAGUCAGACUCUCAAGCGGUAGCAGACAUCGACUACCUCCUCGAGCGCGUGACAAAGACCUCACCUCCACCAUCACUGCUCACUGCUCAACGCCCCUGACUCUCAUCGAAUGAGAGCAGAGUCUCGAUGUGCUUACGCUCACCAGUUCGAAUGUGAAUGGGAAAUGAGCCAGCAUUGCUCUGAUCGUCAUUGCGUUACAUUGAAAGCGAUCCACAGGCAGCGCGAAGAAGAAAUGACCCGCGACGCGCAAUUUUUGAAGCGUGAGUCAAGAGGCUGCGAUGGUGUCGCGCUUCGAGAUCGCUUCUGCACGCCUUUGUGUUGUGACUACCCACGGUCAUCCACGACCGUAGGAGAGUCACGAGUCACGAGUGUCUGACUUGCUCUUCACACGUCAGUGAGUAGCUAUACACCCCUCGAUGAGAGCGGAUC